AUGCUGCGGGACAUCGUAUCCAAGUUCCCGGAUGGGGCCCACCCACUUGAGAGCAAGGAUCUGGACCGCCAGAUCAAGCAGUAUGUGGAGAGAAUGUGGGAGGAGUUGCACAAGGAUGCGAGCUCGGCUGCGAUACUCAUGGACGGCUUUCAACAGGACGAGAAAGACUUGAUGGAGGCGAUGAGGGCCCACUCCGAGGUCCUGUCCAGAGAGCACUUCCUGUCCGACCGGCUCGAGCGCGAGGAGGCGCGUACAGAAUCGGCGUUGGAGUUAUUGGAGAAGUACGAGAGGAAGCUCGACGCAGUGUGCGGUCGCGACACCAUGGCCACGGUCCUGAGCUGCACCCUCGAGAAGUUCUUCGAGGAGCACACCGAAUCACAGAGGUUGCGCAGAGAAGAGCAAGAGAAGCACGUUUCGUUGGCACGCGCCGCGGCCGAUCGCAGGUCCCAGCUGGACAGCCACCUCGCAGCAGAGGAGGUGCAGUUCUCCGCGACCAACGAUGCGGCCAAGAAGAGUGCUGUGGCCACGGAGACUGCUUUGACGGAGGCGAUAGAUCUGAUCCAGCAGGGGUUCCAGCAGAUCAGGGACUCGAUCGCUGCAGACCUGGCCGUUCGAUCAGAACUCGCGCGGGCGAAGUCUCGCAUCGAGGCUGCGCGCGCCAAGGUUGCCGAGUACUCUCCAACCUUGGCGCGCAGCGAGGACAUCCACGGGCGCAUUGCAGCACAGUGCGGAGAAGCCUUCGACCUCCAGCUCGCUUUCGCAGAGUGGCUCCGCACUGCAUACCAGGGGAUGAACCGCAAGACGCAGCUGACAAUGGACGAGCUGCGCUCCAACCUGCCAGAUGAUUCCGAAUUUCGUCAAGUUUCAGCAGGUCGCCCAUGCCACAGAGGCGGCACUCAAGCAGCAGUGUGGACGGCUCCGGUCAGCCCAGAUGAUCACCGUGCAGCGCAUACAGCAGCACGAGGCUGA